CUCGGCCUCAUUGCGAACUCAACCCUUCUUUCUCUUCGUGGCGAACCAGCAAUUGCAGUUGCUGCUUCUUCUUCACUUCAAAGCUUCAAGCGUGUGGCCAUGGCUUCAACACCAGACAUCAGAGGGAUUCUCACCGCCUUCAAUCCUUCUCUCGACUUGUUCGCCGUCACCGCCGGCGACGGCCGCAUCAAGAUAUGGGAUACUCUGAAGGGUCAGCUCCAGAACGAGUUUGCAGAUAUCACUUCAACUCAUGCAGCUACUAUCGCCUUAAAGGGCCAUCUUUCUGUUGAUUACACUUGCAUCCACUGGUUUUCUUUUGAAAGAAAGAGGAAAAGGAAGCAUACUUCCUCAUUGUUGGUGCUUGGAACGGGUAGCGGUGAUGUUUUAGCACUCGAUGUAGCUGCUGGUCAAUUGGCUUGGAGAAUUGCUGACUGUCAUCCUGGAGGUGUGAGAGCCAUUUCAUCUUCGGCAAAUGGAUCGAGCAUUUAUACUGCUGGUGCAGAUGGAAUGGUGUGCGUGAUCGAUUUUAUGUCUGGAAAUCUGUUGGAGAAAUUUAAAGCAUCCACGAAGGCAGUAUCUUGCAUGUCUGUUUCUUCGGAUGGGAAGACGUUAGCUACUGCUUCAGCACAGUUGAAGAUUUUUAACUGUUCUAAUCACAAAAAGAUUCAAAAGCUAUCUGGUCAUCCUGGACCUGUCAGGUGUAUGGUCUUCACUGAAGAUGACAAGUAUAUCCUCUCAUCUGCUGUUGGUGAAAGAUAUGUUGCUGUUUGGAGGGUAGAUGGUGCUAAAAAGCAGUCAGCUAGUUGUGUUCUUGCAAUGGAGCACCCUGCUGUCUUUCUUGAUAGCAGGUGCAUUGAUAGAGGGGAAGACGAUGAGGCUGGCAUUUGUGUUUUGGCCAUCUCAGAAGUUGGUCUUUGUUAUUUAUGGUUUGGAAAUAGUAUUGAAGAAUUACGUGAUGCAAAGCCCACAAAAAUAUCAUUAUCUUUAGAAGACAUAUCCUCUAGAAAUUUCAAGGGAGCACUGCCUGCAAUAUAUGCUGCAAAAUUACAAGGCAUCCAAAAGCCGGCCUCUGGGCAGGUUUUUCUUGUACAUGGGUCGCUUGUAAAACCAUCUUUUCAAAAAAUUCUACUGCACUCCGGUACAGACAUAAAGCUGAAUGUCUCUCAUGAUGGUGUUCUUCUUCCAACGAGUCAAGUUCUUGCCAAAACUAAGAAGGGGACAGGUGUACAAAGAGUAACAGCGCUAGACCGUGCUAAUGCUGAGGAUGCUUUGCUUCCUAUUCCUAAGGUUUUCGAUUCUCAUGAGAAAGAGGAAGAAUUUCAAGAUUUUUUUGAGAAGGAUGUAAUACAUGAUUCGCUUAGAAGCAGUAAAGCUGACUUCCUUGAGAUAGAAGAUGAUAUGGUUCAAGAUGAGAUUGAUGUAACUUGCAUGGAGGACCGGAUGAGAUCACUAGGGAUGCUUAAAAGUGAAAGUGAUUGUGCAUCAAACUUUGAACUUUGUUCUUCAUUGUUGAAGGGUAUUGAUCUCGAAGCUACUCUUCCAAUGAAAAAGAUAAGAGCAGCUGUUUUGUCUAUGGUGCCAAGUGAAGUAUUCAAACUACUGGAAGUGUUGCUGGCUACAUGGCAAUCAAGGUCAUCUAGUGGAAAGUAUGUUCUUCCAUGGAUAUAUAGCAUAUUAGUAAAUCAUGGUCACAAUAUUAUUGCUCAGGAAUCUGGGCCACGUCUGCUUGAUUCCUUACACAAGAUUACAAAUUCUAGAGGGUGUGCGCUUCAGCCUUUAUUACAAUUAUCAGGUCGUCUGCAACUGGUGACAUCACAGAUUGACAAGGCUUCUCAGACAAUAAGUCAUUUGGUGCAUGAUCCCCAAACAGAAGAAAGUGGAGAUGAGGAUGAAUACUAUCGUGAGGAAGAAGAAGAUGCAUCUGAAAUAAGUAGCGAUGAUGAGGCUUGAAAGCUGGUCUGGUUUUUAAUGAGAGAUUAUGAGUUCCCAGUAGUACCUCUUGCGGCUGACAAAGAUUUAGAGGAAUAUAGAUGCUGAAUUUUGACCAGGUUUAUGUUUGCAAUUUUGUAGCUUUAUAGAUAGUAGUGCUUUCUCAUAGAAAGAAAUUUUGUUAUUCAAAUGUGUUGAAAAUGACAGUCCCUAAAUUAUGUAAUUUGAGAUUUAUACUGAUAAGUAAAAAUGCAUUAAUAUAGCCCAGGCAUUCGGGCAUAUUUGCUAUGUUUGAAUGCCUGCUCAACUAUCAUUUUGGUCA